AUGAAAAUUGUCAUUGUAUCUAGUUUACUAGCCUUUACACUUUUGUGUAUGUCUCAAUGUUUUGUUCAGGGAGCAUUUAUGCCGGAGCAUCCACAGACAUCCUUUUGCAGGGCGGAUUUUGGUGAGCUAUUGUUUUUAUACAAUAUACGGUCACUUUAGAAAGCUCAAUCGUAUCUUGAGUAAUUUCAUGAUUUAUGCCACGAAGUAACAUAAAAAGGAAUAUUUUUGCAGAACCAAUGGCAAUAUUUCGCUUGUUGAUUUAAAAUUGUAACAUCAACAUCGAUAUUUCUGAGGAAGAUUCUCGAAGAUUGACUCAGUAUCCGCACUACAGCGCACUCUUACAAGUAUUAAGAUCGACUAUUGGUUCGGUAUUAGCGCGAGGACUAUUAAUCCUAACCGGAUUAACAAAGCAAACUAUCUUAUGGAGAAGGAUGUCGAGACAAAGAAACCCUUUGCCACCGUUCUUUUAUGAAGGAGCGUUUCGCGGAUUUCAACUCAUGAGCGCACGUAGUCUCCGCUAUUCAUGUUCUUAGCUGUCUUUAACACUUCAUCUGUCUGCUUCAGCAUGUUAUUGCAUUAUGUGUGGAGAUUUUCAUGGCUAAGGAUGGUUCUUCCUACAGUUUAAGCACUAAAGGUUUUCUCAUGGGCGUGCGUUUGAACAAUACUUUCGCUUUUCCUGUUGGUUGAGCUUCAUUUUCCUGUUGAUCGUAUAAAACUCCUACGGUUUUGCCUCUCGACCUUCUCAGCCUGCAAUUUAAGUACCUUUGAAACACUUUCGAUGUGAUUCACGAUUUCAAGAUUGUAAAUCAAAAUUUUAGUCAACAAUUAUUAUUGUGCUAAACUGAUUAAGUCUACUACGCGAACUGGUGUUUACGAAGAAAUCCAAAUCCUCUCGGGUCAAAGGUUUUCUGAUCACGUCUUCUCCGAAAAGAUUCCAUUCAUAACACUUCUUUUAGAAAUUAAGAUCGAUGCCAUCUUUGUUGUUUACUUUUUACAUGCAUUCCAUCACGCCAGUGAAUUCCAUUUUGUUGUCCUCGUGAAAACAUGGUAAUGGCAAUUUUCCUGUUUCUGUAGUAAUUACUUCCUUUUCAGUACAAUGCCUUGAGAUUAGUCAUACUUUGACAAGACUUUGAAAGAGGAGACGAUUUCAAUCCAAUGGGGGAGGGGGAGGGGGAGGGAGAGGAAGUACGAUCUAGAGAGGUAGGGUAGGGAUGGGAGAGGUUUUAAACAUCAACCUCUUUAAUGUGGAAAGAUAACAAAGCAGUCAGUGUAACUAGGAUAUCCUUUGAAAACAGGAAAGGAUUGCGUCAAACCUUGACAUGAGAAAAACGAAAAAAAAAGAUUUCGGUGAAUUCAGAAACCAAAAUUAGAAACCUCAUAAACUUCAUUAGGUGAGCCGAAUAAGCUCGAGGUAUGUGAAAGGUUGAACGCGGCUCUGACUGGGUAAAGCGAAAGAAACCUCUUUCAUCUUAAAAGCAUCUUCGAUCGCAAAUUUUCAUAUCACGAAAAAUGGCAACUAGAGAAUCGAAUAGUGCUUGUCAAAAAAAAAUCGGAGAGGUCUUUGAAAAGUGCGUAUUAGCUCUUAGUUAAGAUCUGUUUUAAAAUUAUAACCAAUGAUUUAUAUAAUGAGACAGGAUCAAAGUCAUAUUUGUUAUGUUAAUAUAAAGAGGAUUAAAUAAUCAAUACUCAAUAAGGUAUCUGCCUGACAACAAGCUUUUUUCUAAUGACUGACAAAUUUCCUUAUACGUUCCUCACAGGAGCGUCUUAUGCGGAUUUUUCUUAUGUGCAGCUUCUGGUUCGAGUGAUACAACCGCUUAUCAGCUCGCUAAUUCAUGAUCUCUCUUGUGAUCAGAAAACAAUCCAAACCCUUUGUAAAACACUUUUAGUCAACUAUGCAUAAUUUCUUUUUACAGUCGUUCGAGUGAAAGUGCUGGGAAUGAUCAAAAGGGACGACGAGGUACCCACAACGCAAGCUUCAGCGGGUGAUAAGUUUACGCUUCCUCCCAAGACUGAGACGCUUGUAGCGGACACAGACGCCCCAGAAACGAAGACUGCUUCCCCUCCAAGGGUUCAGAAAAUUGGUGAUUUACCGCCACAGAGCAAUAACAGCGAUGUUGGGUCGCUUCUAGGUUUCAUUUUUGCCCGGCACAAGCGAAGUAUCGGAAUACGAGGUGCCCCACCUCCUGGAGGAGAAAUGCGGUACCGUCCAAUAGGCGGAAAAGGCCGCGACAGGGGAAUGAUGUACUAUGAUGUUCUAAUAAAGAAAAUCUUCAAGGGUGAAGACAGAGUGCGGAGAACCAAAAGAACUUUUGUUGAUGCCGCCAAUCCAUCUCGAUUGUUUGCAAGGAUUUACUUCUCCAGUCAUCACGGCCAGGACCUGGUACCGGGUGAUGCUUACAUGCUUUCUGGUAGAAUCAUGGGUAAUGAAUUGGUUCUCCCAUCGCGAGGCUGUUGGAUGCAAAAAUGGCGUGACCUGUCCAGAGAUCAAAUUCACGGUCUGAGUAAGGUCUAUGCGGAAAACUGCGAGUGCAUGAUCCAGUUUUGCUUUCCUGGUCUCUGUGCAUCUAUGCCUGAGUCUCAGUUGCGGUGUAACUGGGAAUUGCAAAACUUUAGGCAACCAAGAAGGGAUUGUGGAGCAAUGCACAACACAUGCGUCAAUAAACAUGGCCAAUGCCAGUGGAAAAUAGGCAAAGGAUAUGAUUCUUGUACAAAACCCUCGGGACCUCUCCCAUAA